AUGCCGGAUGCGCAGCAAUCGCUGCAACCUGCAUCCUCCUUUCGAGCCCGUCGCGGUGGCCGGGUGGAGCUUUCCACGGAGGAUGAUUUGGAAGAUCUGCUGGCGAAAGUGGAUGAUACAGUCCCAGAGUUUGAUCCACAGGAGUACAUCCGGCCGGGUGUUACAGAGGCGGAAAUUCUGGAGAUGAAGGGCGCCUUUGACCUGCUCGAUGUAGAAGGUAAAGGCCGCCUGAACCUGGAGGAAGCCAUCGACAACUUGGAGAACCUUGGAUGGGACAGGCUGGAGCAGGAGCCGUUGAUGGUUGCUAUCCGUGCUUGCCGGCGCAAAGCGCCGAAGACGGACUUUGCAGGGUUCAUGGAUGCGAUUGGUCCGCUCCUGGCCGCGACUGAGCCUACCCAGGAGAGUCUGAGGCGCGCCUGGCGCCUCCUCGAUGAAAACCGCAAGGGCCACAUAGACAUGGAGGAUCUGAGCCGAGUCGUGCACAGCUUUGGCCUGGAGCUCUCCGUCGAAGAACUCCGCGACAUGGUUAGUUUCUGUGACAAGAACGGCAGCAGCGAGAUCACCUUCGACGAAUUCUACCAGAUGCUCUCACGCCAUCAGUAG